AUGGUUCCCACAGUGCUUUUGAGGACUGAGCUCCUGAACCACCACUUCACUCUGCCGGAGCUGCCAGACCGAGCACUGUCUCUCUCUCACCACCAAGCGACCCCUUCCCACCCUCCGGAGCCACCGGAUCCGCCGGAUCCACCAGAUCUCCGGCCUUUUGUUCUCUUGUCCUUCUCAGUCUCUAAGAUUUUCACUCAUCCACCACCACCAAUCUCUGCUCUGGCUCUCCCCUCCUUGAUGUUAGCCAAUGUCACCGAGUUCCAUUGCACAGAUCUGUCUCGUUUCACGACUGAUGUGAGAAGUCUGGCCGUCUUCAUCUUCUGCUCCGGCGAGCUUCCUGGUAUCUCUCUGUUAUUCAAUGCUCUCUUCUCCAUCUCGGGAUGCUCCUCUCCGUGGAAUUGGUUUUGUUAUCCUUGUCCGGAUUUGCUUCAUACUGGAGUGUGGUGUAUCAAUGAUGCUUCCAUCUUUCCGGCUGAUCUCCGGUCUAUCGAGUUGCUCUUCCACCCACUGCCGCCUUCCUCCACUGUUGCUUCUGCCACCACCGGCCUCAUUCUAGGCUACGGUACUCCUACUCCCCCUGACGACAAGCCCAAAAGCUCCCACUUCAUAGAUUCGCCAGCAAGAGUUUCAUCUGUGGCGCAGCAUCAGAAGAUCAAGCUUCCUUCCUGUUCGUCCCCUCCAAACAAUCCCAUUGGUGGGAUGUAUCCAAACUCACGCUUUGGCUUUUGCAGCAAUACAACACCCACGUUUAAUGGUAUUCUCUCAAUUGUGUUUUGCUUCGAGUCUUACUCUCCCGGCCUCAACCCCUUGGCUACUCAACAUCAUCUCCCGCUCAAGCGUCGUCAUUUUCAUGAUUUUGUGGAGGGGUCGACACAGUUUCAGUCCGUUUAUGGUCAAAUCUACCGGAUUACUUGUCGGAAAUUUGUCAGUUCUUGUCGGCUUCAUAGUCGCCUCAGAUUCGCAGCAGCAAAUCAAGGCAAUCAACAAGGAGAUCUUCACAACAGAGCUCCACAUGAUUCUCCACGACAUCCUGGAUUUAUCACUUGUAUGUGA